AUGUUCUCUCCAAGAAAAGCCAUUCCAAACUCGCCACGAACGGUAGCGCCCUUAAAUGGGCUGUUCAAAGAUGGCAGCUGGCGCUGCAACUGUAAUGAUCGACCUAUCGCAGCGAAGUACGAGGUGAAGAAAGAAGGUCGCAAUAAAGGUAGAUUCUUCUAUACCUGCCAGAAGAAAGGUUGCACGUUCUGGCUUUGGGCUGAUGAGGCUAUACCCCGCGAGAGCAAUAUGAACACCGCCAAUACUACAAACGAUGCCGACAAUGGAUCCCAGAAUGGCCGAGCAUGUGCGGGCUGGCUCCCCUCUACUCCCACCAAGUAUAUUCAACCAAAGAUAACUGGCCUCCUUACGCCACAAACUGAGCGUAAAGCGCCAUCUACCCCUGCCAACAACGAGUUCAAAAAACCGCUGCUGAGUGCCAAAGCCCGCAUGAUGGCCGAAGACACCGAUGACUUUGGCUGGAAUGAUGACUCGGAUGAGAAUGAUGAACUGACCAAUUUUCUGUUCAAAAGCCAAGUUGAGCUUAAAGAAAAUGGGCCGCUCUUUUCUCCAAAAACUCCCUCCUGUCUCCCGGAAACCCCCUCAAAAGCAGCGCGCACUCCUCAAACUACGUCACCUGGAAAGCGCAAGCUAUCGGAAUUCACUGAGCCCGGAAGCUUUGCGAAUUCCUCUGCUGUGAAGGGUUCACCCGCCCGCAGUCUUUUCUCAUCAACCUUUCCCCCUUCUUCAAUCGAGAUGUGUCAAACUCCCACACCGAGCAAGUACCGCGAUGUACUGAGCUGUGACUCUCACACAGACACUUCAGAUUUGGCGGAAGAUGCUAUUGCCAUCCUAGAAAAGCACAAUGUUGUUCUGCCGAAUGAUGCGCGGAAAGACCUUGUUGCUCGUCUCAACAAAGAAAAGCUCAAAGCGUCUGGCAUUUCACGCGGGCGGGAUCUUCUUCGCGAAAAAUCCAAGAAGCUGGAGCUUGAGAUUACCAGCCUCAAAGAGACUGUUGUCAAUCUUCAGGCACAGCAUGCAAUGGAUCAGACCUUGAUUGAUUCGCGGGGUACUUAA